CCGGUGACCAAAGAGCAAUACGAAGCCGGCGGCAGGGCGCAGACUGCAGCAGCCGGCCUGCGGGCAAACUGGAAACCGUGGCCGGCCGGUGGGCAAACUGGAGGUCAGCGAAAUGAGGCCUUUAAAAGGAAGAGUCUGACGGUGGUCAGUCACAUCCAUCGCCAUGAGGGUGUUCAUCCUUGCCUUGGCUGUUGCCCUAGCGGCUGGCUCCCAGGUGAAGUUUGCUCCAGAGUUUCCUGUCGGGAAGACCUACACCUACAAGUAUGAAGCUCAUCUUAUGGGCGGACUUCCCGAGGAGGGCCUGGCUCGGGCUGGGUUGAAGAUAACGAGCAAAGUUCUGAUCAGUGCAUUGGCUGCCGACACCUUGAUGCUCAAGCUGAUAGAACCGGAACUCUUUGAGUACAGUGGAAUCUGGCCCAAAGAUGCUUUCACCCCGGCUACCAAGCUCACCUCGGCCCUGCAAGCUCAGCUCUUGACACCCAUCAAGUUUGAGUACGCAAACGGCGUAGUCGGCAAAGUCUACGCCCCGGCUGGCGUCUCUGCUUCUGUGCUGAAUAUCAUCAGGGGAAUCCUCAACAUCUUCCAGAUGAAUGUCAAGAAGACGGUGAACGUCUACGAGCUUCAGGAGCCUGGCGUACAGGGUGUGUGCAAGACCCACUACGUGAUCAGUGAGGACACAAAGGCCGACCGCAUCCUUUUGACCAAGACUAAAGACCUGAACCACUGCCAUGAGAAGAUUAUCAAGGAUAUCGGCUUGGCUUACACAGAGAGAUGCCCUGAGUGCGAAGCGCGUGGCAAAAGUCUGAAGGGAACAGCUGCCUUCAACUACGUCAUGAAACCAGCAGCCACCGGCGCUCUGAUCUUGGAGGCAUCCUCGACCGAGCUCAUUCAGUUCUCUCCCAUCAACAUUCUGAACGGUGCCGCCCAGAUGGAGGCUAAGCAAUUCUUGACCUUCCUGGAGUUUGCAAAAUCUCCAGUGGAGCCCAUCAGAGCUGAAUACCUCCAGCGUGGAUCCCUGAAGUACGAGUUUGGCAGCGAGUUGCUGCAGACACCCAUCCAGCUGCUCAGGAUCAGCAAUGCCGAGGCGCAGAUUGUUGAGAUUCUGAACCACCUGGUGUCCAACAAUGUGGCCAAAGUACACGAAGACGCACCUCUGAAGUUUAUUGAGCUCAUCCAGCUUUUGCGUGUUGCCAGAUACGAGAGCAUCGAGGCACUCUGGUCCCAGUUCAAAAGCCGUCCGGACCACAGAUACUGGAUAGUGAACACCAUCCCUGCCAUUGGCACUCAUGCUGCAUUAAGGUUCCUCAAGGAACAAUUCCUCGUUGGUGAGCUUACCCUUCCUGAAGCAAUUCGGACUGCGAUGAUGUCCAUACACAUGGUGACUGCAGACUUGGAGGCCAUCAGGAUCCUAAGGGACCUGUCUGUGGAGCAAAAGAUUCGCCAAAACCCAGUCCUGAAGGAGAUCGUUUUGCUUGGCUAUGGCAGCUUGGUUGCUAAAUACUGCACAGAGAACCCAACUUGCCCAGUGGACCUCAUCAGGCCCAUUCACGAUCAGCUGGUCCAAGCAGUUACCAAGGGUGACCGUGAAGAAAUUAUUCUGUCUCUCAAAGUUCUGGGUAACGCCGGACAUCCAAGUAGCCUGAAGCCAAUCUUGAAGAUCUUGCCUGGCUUUGGCGGUACCGCUGCGAAUCUGCCACUGCGAGUUCACAUCGAGGGUGUUCUGGCCCUGAGGAACAUUGCCAAGAGAGAACCCAAAAUGAUCCAGGAUAUCGCCGUUCAACUGUUUAUGGAUAGAUCUCUUCACCCGGAGCUUCGUAUGGUUUCUGCCAUUGUGCUGUUCGAGACCAAACUGCCCAUGGGUCUGGUGACUACCCUUGCCGACGCACUCUUGAAAGAACCAAAUCUUCAGGUUGCCAGUUUGGUCUACACUUACAUGAAGGCAAUGACGAGGAACACCGCUCCCGAUUUUGCGUCUGUUGCUACAGCGUGCAAUGUUGCUGUGAAGAUCCUCAGUCCCAAAUUUGACAGACUGAGCUACCGUUUCAGCAGAGCUCUCCUGACUGAUGGCUAUUACAGUCCCUGGAUGGUGGGUGCCGCCGCUAGCGCCUUCUACGUGAAUGAUGCUGCGACCGUUUUGCCAAGAAGCGUCGUGGCCAAAGCUCGAACCUACAUGGCGGGAGCUUAUGCUGAUGUCAUUGAGAUCGGAGUGAGAACUGAGGGAAUCCAAGAAGCCCUUCUGAAAAUCAAAGAUGUUCCUGCUGACGCGGAAAGGAUUACCAAGAUGAAAAGGGUUCUCAAGGCUCUUUCUGAAUGGAGGGCCCAACCUUCCAGCCAACCCCUCGCUUCAGCUCACUUGAAACUCUUUGGGCAGGAGAUCGCAUUUGCCAACAUCGACAAAGCCCUGGUUGAUUACAUGAUGGAGUUCGUCACUGGACCAGCAGCCCAGGCGUACGGAAAGCGGGCUUUGGAUGGUGUGUUGUCCGGCAUUAAGAUGAACUACGUGGAGCCAAUGCUUCUUGCUGAGGUUCGUCGCAUCUUGCCCACGGCUGUCGGUCUGCCUAUGGAGCUCAGUUUCUACACAUCUUCUGUGAUCACGACAGCCAUUGAAUUCCAAGCCACCGUGACACCACCUCUGCCUGACAAAUUCCAUGCUUCCCAGCUUCUUAAAUCUGACAUCAGCAUGAAGGCUGCAUUUAUUCCGAGCGUGUCCAUGUAUACCUACGCUGUGAUGGGUGUGAAUACCGCACUGAUCCAGGCUGCCGUGGUUUCAAGAGCCAAAGUUCAUACAAUUGUCCCAACGAGAAUCGAAGCAAGAAUGGACAUGAUUAAGGGCAACUUCAAGCUGGAAUUGCUGCCCGUCCAGGGUGUCAAUAAGAUCGCGUCUGCACUUGUUGAGACCUUUGCUAUUGCGAGAAAUGUGGAAGAUCUUACCGCUGCAAAGAUAACACCGAUGAUUCCGGCCCAGGUUACGUCCCUGCUUUCAAGGAAGAGCUCAUCUUCCAGGAUUUCCAGAAUGACAUCCACUCUAACUGAUAGCAUGCCUGUGUCAUCCGAGAUCCUGUCUGCGGACCAACCAAGCAAAAUGAGCAAACUGAUCAGGGCGUUUGAGAAAAAGCUGUGUGGAGAGUUUGAAACCUUUGGAAUCAAGGCAUGCACCGUCAUUGAAUCUCGCAAUGCCGCCUUCAUCCGAGAUGUUCCACUCUACGCCGUCAUCGGAAAACAUUCUCUUUUGGUUGAGGUUCAACCAGCUGCUGGACCUGCCAUCGAGAAGGUAGAAAUUGAGAUUCAGGUUGGAGAGAAAGCAGCAGAAAAGAUCAUCAAAGUCAUUAACGUGAGCCAAGAGGAGAUUCUCGAGGACAAGAAUGUCUUGAUGAAACUGAAGAAAAUCCUGGUUCCCGGUCUAAAGAACAGCACCUCCUCCAGUUCCAGCAGCUCUCGUUCUGUCAGCUCUCGCUCCAGUAGCUCGAGCUCAAAACGCCGCUCAAGCGUUUCUGCAUCAUCAUCUUCAAGCUCUUCUCGCAGAAAGAGCAAGAUGAUUGACACCGUCACCACUGUCGCUAAACCAUCCAAGAGAAGUUCCUCCAGCAGCCGUGUCAGCAGCUCCUCCAGCAGCUCCUCCAGCAGGCGUGUAUCAUCCAGCUCCAGGUCCAGCUCCAGCGCCAGUUCUCUCAGGUCCAGCUCCAGUGCCAGCUCUGUCAGGUCCAGCUCCCGCUCGGUUAGAUCCAGGUCUAGCUCCAGCUCCAGUUCCAGCUCUAGCUCUCGGUCCCGCUCAAAGCAAAUACUGAAUGACAUGAAGUUCACCAAGAACCACAUCCAUAGGCAUGCAUUGUCUUCAACUCGUCCCAACAGCCACAGCAGUGCCGCCAGCUUUGAGGCCAUCUACAACAAGGCUAAGUACCUUGCUAAUACAAUCACUCCGGCCGUGACCAUCCUCAUCCGUGCUGUGAGGGCAGACCACAAAGUCCAAGGAUACCAGAUUGCAGCUUAUUAUGACAAGGCCAAUUCCAGACUGCAGGUCAUUUUUGCCAACCUGGCCGAGAAGAACAACUGGAGAAUCUGCGCGGAUGGCGUGGUGCUGAGCAACCACAAGCUGAUGGCCAAGUUUGCCUGGGGCAUUGACUGCAAACAAUACAAGACCGAGGUCACGGCUGAAACUGGUGUUGUGGGACAAGAGCCGGCGUUCCGCUUGAAGCUGACCUGGGACAAACUUCCAAGCUCUAUGAAGUCCUACGCAAAGCGGUUGUCUGAGUACAUUUCAAGAAUCGCUUGGGAGACUGGAAUCAGCCAGGCGAGGGCCAAUAAUGGUCGCAAUCAGAUCAAGUUGACGGUGGCUGUUGUUUCAGAGCAACGCUUGAAUAUUACCCUGAAGACGCCAAGGAGAACCAUCUACAAAGAAGCCAUGUAUCUUCCGAUUUCUCUGCCAUUUGGAGACACGGCCUCUGAGCUGAAAGCAUACGAGGAAAGCUGGGUGGACACCAUCUCCUACAUGGUCACCAAGGCUCAUGCAGCUGAGUGCAAGUUGGUCAAAGACACAGUGAUCACAUUCAACAACAGGAAGUUCAAGACGGAGAUGCCUCACUCUUGCGAGCAGGUUUUGGCUCAGGAUUGUUCGCAAGAACAUAAGUUCAUUGUUCUGCUGAAGAGAGACCAAACACAGGAACACAACCUCAUCAGCGUGAAGAUUGCCGAUAUUGACGUUGACAUGUAUCAGAAGGACCGUGUUGCCAUGGUGAAGGUCAAUGGCGUCGAAAUCCCUCUCAGUAAUCUGCCAUACCAGCAUCCGACGGCCAAGAUUCAGAUCCGACGAAGGAACGAGGGCAUCACUCUCCAUGCUCCCAGCCACGGUCUUCAGGAAGUCUACUUUGACAUCAACAUCGUGAAGGUUAAAGUUGUGGACUGGAUGAGGGGACAGACCUGUGGACUCUGCGGAAAGGCCGAUGCAGAGAUCAGGCAAGAAUACCGCACACCCACUGGACGGGUGACCAAGAACGCAGUCAGCUACGCUCAUUCCUGGGUUCUGCCUGCCAAGAGUUGCCGGGACAGCACAGAGUGUUUUAUGAAGCUGGAGUCUGUGAAGCUGGAGAAGCAGCUGACAGUCCAUGGACAGGAGUCCAAAUGCUUCUCUGUUGAGCCCGUGCUGCGCUGCCUGCCCGGCUGCAUGCCUCUGAGAACCACCACCGUCUCUGUUGGCUUCCACUGCCUGCCUGCCGAUUCUGGACUGAAUCGCGCCGAGGGUCUGAGCAGCAUCUUCGAGAAGAGCGUGGACCUGAGGGACACAGCCGAGGCUCACCUGGCCUGCCGCUGCACUGCUCAGUGUGCUUAAACUUGUAGCCUUCAGUCCAGUCAUGUUUAUUUCCAUUCAUGCAAC